AUGGCGAAUAGCGACAGCGUGCCCGGCCUACUUCCUCCUGGAACGGUACACCUUCUCCACGUCCACGGCACAUCAAGGAGUUCCGAUGAGCUCAUCCUGGUGCCCAAGCCAAGCGCCCAUCCUGAUGACCCUCUCAACUGGAGCAAAAGCAGAAAAAUACUGCACGCCGCCCUCGUCUACCUGUACACGUUCACCACGGGCGUUGGCGGCACUUCGACCUACUCCAUUUUGACUGACAUGUCCCGUGAUACGGGUCUUACUCUGACGCAGCUCAAUCUGGGUACCGCCUUCAUCUUUCUGCUUGCCGGCUGGGGCAACCUCAUCUGGCAGCCGCUUGCUCUUGCGUACGGACGACGUCCGGUCUAUCUCUUGAGCACAUUGGGAGUAGUCGCUGUCUCCGAAUGGACUGCGCACAUCAACAACUUUGGCCAAUGGGCCGCAGCGCGUAUACUGUUCGGCUUCUUCGUGGCUCCCGUCGAAGUCCUCCCCGAGAUCAGCAUACCCGACAUAUUUUUCGCUCACGAAAGAGGGAGCUACAUUGGCGGCUAUUCUAUGACCCUGGCUGGCAGCAACUUCAUUGCCCCCUUCAUCGCCGGAUUCAUGAAUGACAGCAUAGGGUGGCGUUGGGUCCAGCUUUGGUGCGCAAUUCUGCUGGCACUCAACUUUGUGCUUGCUUUCUUCUUUCAAGAAGAGUCCAGCUGGCACCGCGACGAAGUCGAGGCAGAGACCGCAAGCGGUGAUGCUGAUGUCAGGCUUGGGGAGACCGCUGGGGUGCAGGGUGACCCUGAGAAGAUGACUACCACAGCCGAGCCUGUCGCCGCCAACUUGUCGCCCACAGUGACUGCGGGGCAGACAUUUACCAGGAAGACCUAUGCACAAAAGCUGGCGCUCUGGACCAACAACCACCUCUCUCGGACACAGAUCAUGCGGAUAGUCUGGCGGCCAUUUCUGAUCCUCAUCCACUUUCCCAAUAUCCUCUUUGCAGGCUUUCUCUACGCUUUCACGAACUCAUGGUACUCCGUGUACAAUGCCACCGCCUCUCUCAUCCUCUCAUCGCCACCAUACAACAUGUCUGCAGCUAUGGUUGGGGUUACCUAUCUCGCCCCUCUCCUCGGCGCCAUCAUUGGGGGCAUCGUCGCAGGCCCAUUGUCAGACAGGUUCACACUCUUCCUGGCGCAUCGAAACAACGGCAUCCGCGAACCCGAGCAGCGUCUCUGGGGCGUCAUCACCUAUACCGCGUGCCUGACCAUCGGCUUGUUGAUGUGGGGCGUCGGCGCCGCUCACUCCGCCCCGCUCGGUGUUCUACUGUUCGGAUCCGUGCUGUGCGGCUUCGGCAUCGUCACCGGUGGAAGCUACGCCAUCACGUAUGCUGUGGACUGCUACAAGGAGAUUGCUGGCGAGACCAUUGUAUCUCUGAUCAUUGUCAGGAACAACAUGACUUUCGCGUUCGGCUACGCUAUCACACCGUGGAUUAACGCCUCGGGCUUACAGAACACUUUUAUCGCUGUCAGCGUGAUCUGUCUCGUCACUGGCAUGUCGUUUCUGCUGAUGAUCUGGAAGGGCAGGGCUCUACGUAUCAGUUGCGAGAAGAGGUAUUGGGAGUAUGCAGCUUCUCAAUUGGUAAAGCACUAA